UGAGCGGAUUGCGUCAGUGUUUUGCAGAGACUCUGCAGAUACUAACAGCUGCUGCACUUAAUCCGGUUCACACAGCUCUUUGUUAGUGGGUACUCUUUGUUACGGACUAGGAACCUACACACAAUUCAUCGCAUUUGAGGAUAUACAGCACAGAUUAUCGAGUUAAUAAUGCAGCUGAUUUCCAGCCUUCCAUCUGAAGACUCCAGUCUCACGUCCACCCCGACAUCUGACGCUCCAUCCAAGCGCUUGUCCUGGAGCAAAGUCAUGCAGAAACUGCACAGCAUCCAAAGCCUGGACUCUGAUUCAGACACGCACAGCAGUUUAGACGAUGCAUCCGAUGCAGGUUCCCUAUCCAUACCUGAUCUGUCAGAAUCCGAGAUGUUUUUCGACCCCACUGAAGAGGCGUUGUGCAAAGAAGUGGUGCAACUCAUAGCACUUAACCUGACCGAUGCCAAAGAUGGUGUCCUGCACUGUUCCAAACUCCUUAUUCCAGAGAAGCUUCUGGAGCACAUCGGGCACGAGCUGGUGCAUCUGUCCGUGAGCGAGCCCUGUGGCCUGCGAGGUGCCCUCAUCGAUCUGUGUGUGGAGCAGGACGGCGUGUGUGAGGCUGCGGGACAGAUCGCGGUCGACCAGUAUCUGGUGCCCACGUUCCAGCUAACCCUAGUGCUCCGGCUCGACUCCAGGGGCCUGUGGCCGAAGAUCCAGGGCCUUUUCAGCGGCAGAUCCCCGUCGUCUCCGGUUGUUCGCCGUGCACUUAAACUGAGCACUGGGUUUCGUGUGAUUAAAAGAAAACUGUACAGCUCAGAAGAGCUUUUGAUUGAAGAAUGCUGAGACGGACUCCAUACAUGUCAUGGACUUUUACUAGGGUUUUUUUUUUAAUUUAAGCCUCUUUCCGUUGCCCAUAAAGAGGCCUGAAGUUACAAUCGUGUUGUAUGACUGUUUAACGCGCAGGGCAUUUGUAAUGCUGAUUGAUUUAUAGGGUACAUUAAAAAGACUUUGUUCCUGAUGUUGCACUUCUGCUGCCGUUCCAGUGGAGCAGGAGUUUGGAACAUCUACCUCAGGUUUAUGGAAACCAGAUAUGGCAGCUAUUUUCCAUGCAAAACGAUGCUUUUUCAAAUAUGUGAAUGCAGUUAUUGUGCCCUAAGAUCAAAUGGACGGUCUUUUAAAUUUUUCUUUUUUUUUUAAAAUGUCAUAUGCAUAUUCCGUGCAUCUUAUUUAUUUGAUAUUCAAAUGCAACGUGGUGUUUUUUGUACUUUGAAAGAGAUGCAAAAAAUAAAUCUUUUUGAAGAAUGAAA